GGGCUUUCACGCAAUAAUGCUCUUUGGGCCCCAAGGCGACGGGCUCGUGUACGACAAGACCGUGCGGGCCAAGGGCGCCGGCGCCGAGGUCAUGAGCGUCAAGCGCCGAGGCAAGCCCUCCGGCCCGACCAGCGCCUUUGAGGCGACGGGCAAAGGCCGCAAGACCCGCACGCCCAAGAAGCGCCUCGAGGAUACGCGCUGCAUUUACCCGUCCGUGUGGGCGAGCCUUCGCUUCAAGACGACCGACUCGAAGAAGAACCGCCCUGCUUUUCUGAAUGCGAGCCAGUCCAAGCAGCCAGUGUGCGUCACCGGCGCCGAUGGGUUCGUCGCGGCGUGGAUCGUCGCCGAGCUGCUUCAGCGCGGCUACAAGGUGCGGGCCACCGUGCCCGUGCGCACCGACGACAUCGAGCGCUUGAAGGAGCUCCCCAAGGCGGCGAAGAACCUCACGAUCGUCGAGACGUCACUGUUGACGCCCGAGCUCUGCGACAUGGCCGUCGAAGGCUGCGAGUACGUCAUCCACACGGGCACGCCCGCGUCGUGCACGGUGCGCGAUCCUGUCUCGGAAGCCAAGGAGCCUGCCAUGCACACGGUCUCGAGCCGCAUCCACUGCAUCGUGCCUGUCAUGACCAACUUUAUGAAGGCGUGCGUGCGCGCCCGUGUCAAGAAGAUGAUCUUGACGUCGUCGGUCGCCGCGCUCUGCGACAGCGUGAGCCCCACGACGAUCGUCAACGACUUGUGCUGGAACACCGAGUCGUCGCUCGAGAAGAACCCGCAUUUCUUUGGGUUCAAGCUUGCCGAAGAGAAAGCGUGGCAGCUUGUCGAGCAAGAAACCAUGGAGCUCGUGACCAUUUGCCCGGGCACGCUCAUGGGGCCCUCGGUCUGCGGCGCGUCGAUUCCGCCCGGCAACCAAGUCGUCUAUGACCUCAUUACCGGCGCCUACGCAGCCCUUGUCGACCUCAACUGGGCCGUCACGGACGUGCGCGACUGCGCGGUGGCCCAUAUCCUCGCCAUGGAGCACCCGGACGCACGGGGUCGGUACAUCUGCGUCAAUCAAACGGUGUGGCUUCGGGACAUUGUCGACACGCUGCGCGCCAAUGGCUACAGCGGCCGCGACCUCCCGCUGCAGGUGGGCCUGCCCAACUGGGUCGCGCGUCUCCCGGCCUACGCGCCGCAACUGGGCCAAGUCGGCGCGUCGCUUUACGCCGACCAUGUCUCGAACGCGCAGCCGUCGCCGUACCUGAGCGACCGCAUUGUGGACGUGCUCGGCCUGAGCUUUCGCGAUGCGAAGCGCACUCUGAUUGAGACCGCGGGUGACCUCUUGAAGUGGAAGUGGAUCAAGCCGUGGGCCGAGGACUGCGAAGCGCUCGCGUGCGCGAUCUGCGACGUGCCGUUUUCGUUCAUUCGGCGCAAGCACCACUGCCGGGAGUGCGGGACGAUCAUUUGCAGCGACUGCUCGCUUUCGCGCGCGGUCGUCGAAGGGCUCAGCGAACGCGCGCGGCUCUGCGACCAGUGUGUCCAGACGUCGAUUCCGGCGCUUCUCGAGCUCGUGGCCGCCAAUCCGAAUGCGCGCGCGGCCGUCGUCGCGCUCGAGUCGCUCAUGGAGAACCCGGACAACCACGAGCUCAUUACGCGCUGCCAUGGCAUCCCGAUCUUGAUCCAGGCGCUGCACGUCGCCGACGAAGACGUGUCGUUCCCGGCGGCCGGCACGUUUCUUGCACUCUCGCUGGACGUGGCGAGCGCGCUGCAGAUGGUGCUGGAAGGCGCGGUGCUGCACAUGCUCGAGGUCGACCAGACCACCGACACGUGGCGGCAGUGCCUCCAAGCGCUGCGCAACAUUUGGCGCCAAAUCAACCGCGCCGAGUUUCGCAAGAUGCUGCACUCGGUCUCGCGCGUCUCGAUCGACGCGGCCAGCGGGCCGCUCAAGGCCAACAUUCUCUUGACGUUUGUGCACAUGAUGGAGCCGGCCGACGUCGUCGACUUGCUCAAGGAAGGGCUCAUGGACACGUACCCGCGCUGCGCGGCGGCCCACGCGAUCACGCGCUUGAUUCCCGACACGUACCACCCCGACACGUCGAUCGAGAUCCCGCCCUUCCACGUCGACAACCACGAGGAGCUCUUGACGCUCGCGGCGCUUUCGGACAUUCAGUUUCUCGUGAAGGGCCACAUUGCGCCCAUCAACGCCCACAAGAUUGUGCUAUUUGUGCGCAACGCCUACUUCAAAAACAUGUUUGGCUCGACGACGACAACGACCAAGCGCGUGAUUGAGAUUGACAAUUGCUCGUACAAUGUGUUUUCGAUGCUCCUCCGUUUCAUCUACACGGGCAAGCUCACGAUCGACGAAGGCACGGCGCAAGACCUCUUGCGCGCAGCGUCGUUUUACCAGGUCACGGUGCUCCAGAAGCGCAUCGAGGCGUUCUUGGCCGACCGCAUUGACGUGAGCAACGUGGUCGAACUCCUCUCGCUCAGCAACGACUGCCACGCCGAGAGCCUCCGCCAGGCAUGCAUUCCGUUCCUCAUGAAGAACAUCCACGCCGUCGUCAAGCUGCCGUCCUUUGCAAUGCACCACGACUGGGCCAGCCAAGAGAUCCUCCUCGAGCUCGCCAACAUGCUCGGCCCCGUGUGGUACGAAUCGUAUACAGCGGUGGUCCAGCACAAGGCGACCAAGACCGUGCUGACACCACCUGUCGUUGUGCCAAUCCCGCCAACCUCGGCGCCGAUGAUCCAGCCCGUUUCGCCAGCGCGGCGACCAAAGGCGGUGUCGCCAACCCUUGCGCCGCGCUCGCGUCUGCUCUCGGACGAAAGCUUGGCCGAAGGCAUUUGCUAG